AUGGCGAUCGAAUUCAGUCACUGGCAAUCAAAGAUGGCCAACAUCCUCGUCUACGUGACCCUGGUCUCCGGAAACCUCUAUUCGACAUUUGGUGGCGACCAAGACCAAGACUCGCCCUACGAUUCCAAACACAAGUCGUACAUCACCCCGGCCUCCUUCACGUUUUACAUCUGGACAUUGAUCCAUUUCCUUCUGGGAGGAAUGGUCGUGUACCAGUGGUUUACGGACAAGAUCUAUCAGGCCGUGGGAUGGCAUUUCGUGAUGGCUUCGGUGUUUAAUGCCAUUUGGCUUGCUCUUUGGAGCUCUGGUCAGACUUUCUUGGCGUUGUUUGCAUUGUUUUUCGCCACUGGAGCAGUUUCUUUCAUCUACUAUCGCCUCAAGGAUCAGGAUAAUGCCGAGACAUUGUCGGAGGUCAUCUUUUUGCACCUGCCCUUCUCGCUCUACCACGCCUGGAUCUUUGUCCUCUUGAUCAUCAAUCUCUUUGCAAUCAUCUCUCCUAUCCGCGAUAAUGGCCCUUCGGCCUUCCAGGUCGUCCUCUCCAUCGCAGGAUUGGCCUUUAUCGCCUCGACCGUCAUUGGAUACAUCGAGUACAAGCAGGGUGAUGUCGCUGGCGCUCUUGUGUUGGCAUGGUACUUGUUUGGAGUGUUUGAUCAACAGGAGCAGGAUGCGAUUCACUGGACAGCUCUUGGAUUGGGCAUUGCUGUUGCAGCCUAUACCUUGAAGCCCUUUGUCUUCCGCCUUGUUGGUCGCCAAACCGGCGAGACUACCCCUCUCUUGGGAUAA